GACUUGGCAUGUCGACCGGUGCCUGAGUGGUCCACCGGCCCCGGCGCUUCGGUGCAUGGACCGGUGACGCCGUCCGGCAUCGUCCGGCCUUGAAAGCCGGUCACCGCAGAUGGUCGGCAGGAUUCGGGACCCGCUGACCGGGGCGGUACUCCGGGCCUCGGGUAAGAAGGAUAGCCGCAACGAGGACCGCGAUGCGAAUCCUAUGAACGACGCCAUCCCUGGGGAAGUGGUGCGUCGAAGUGAAAAGUUCGAGAAGUCGGGACCGAGCACAAAAGCCUUGGCAGAAACCGACAUCACCGCGGUCUUAUCCAAAGGCUCUGGAACAAGAGAAAAGUGGCUCAAAAAGGCGCUGCAACAAGUUUCCGACGGCGAGCUGCAAGCCGUAGAUAUCUACAACAUCCUGAAGGUGCCGGAUUUUGCGGCAGAUCUCAAGGAGAAGACGGGGCGGAGCAUGUACAAGUUCCUCAUGUCACGGAUCUCGGUCUUCUCCAAAGGGCAACAACGUUUUCUGGCGAAAGAGUGUCCGCUUGCACAGCAGUUUGGGGGAGGCGGUGCUGCUGAACCCAUGGUGGACGACAGCAAGCAGAAUCCCGAAGCGGCGGAAGAGAUGAUGGCGCGCGUCCGGCAGUUCGUGCGGCAGCAACAGGGCGUGGAGCUGGACCAGGCCGUGGCCGGCAUUGCGCCUGUGCCAGCUGUGCCAGCGCCGCCUCCUGCAGCACCAGCAGCGCUGGUACCGCCGGCUGUGAGACAAGACAUGUCUGCUGUGGCCAACAUCAUCGCGAGGGCAUCGAACACAGCAGUCAACUACCAGGCAGCGGCGGCAGUGGCGGCACCGCCGGCGCCAGUUCUGGUGCCAGUGGCGCCAGUGGCGGCACCGGUCUCGGCGCCGGUCUCGGCCAUACGAGAGGAGAAGGCAUCGAGCGAGUCGGAAGUUCGACAGCGAGAGCCGUCGAGCUCAGCGAGCAGAAGAAAAAGUAAAAAGACACGCAAGAAUCGCUCGCGCUCCAGGGACCGAAGGAGACGGUGACGAUUUCCUAUGUGAUCCGUUUGCAUCUGCCGGAAAUCCAGCAAACUCAGGUGAAAGCAGGGGUGUUAAGCCCCCAGCUACGGAAUUC